AUGACGGUUGAAAACGAAGAUUUGGGUUUGAGCCUUAGCUUAAACUUCCCUCAAAAUCCACCGAAACCUCAAUACCUUAAUCUCAUGUCUUCUUCAACUCAUUCCUCUUCUCCUUCCACCUACAAUCCUCACAAACCUUCAUGGAUCAAUGCUUUCACUUCUUCAGAUCGGGAUUCAGAACCAUGCAGAGCCGGCGAAGAACAACCGUUACUCCGAGGAAUCGACGUCAAUCGGUUACCUUCCGACGCUAACUGUGAAGAAGAAGCCGGCGUCUCGUCUCCGAACAGCACGGUUUCCAGUGUGAGCGGUAAACGAAGCGAAAGAGAAAUCACCGGUGAAGAUCUUGACAUGGAGAGAGAUUGUUCACGAGGAAUCAGUGAUGAAGAAGACGCUGAAACUUCCAGAAAAAAACUCAGACUCACCAAAGACCAAUCUAUUAUCCUCGAAGAAAGUUUCAAGGAACACAACACUCUUAACCCCAAACAAAAAUUGGCACUUGCAAAACAAUUAGGCCUCCGUGCAAGACAAGUUGAAGUGUGGUUUCAAAAUCGUAGAGCAAGGACUAAGCUGAAACAAACGGAGGUAGAUUGUGAGUUUUUGAAGCGAUGUUGUGAGAAUCUAACGGAUGAAAAUCGCCGGUUGCAAAAAGAAGUACAAGAGCUGAGAGCACUGAAACUUUCCCCACAAUUCUACAUGCAAAUGACACCACCUACAACACUUACCAUGUGCCCUUCUUGUGAGCGUGUCGCUGUUCCAUCAUCUGCCGUUGAUGCUGCCACGCGUCGUCAUCCUAUGGCUCCGAAUCAUACUCGAUCGUUUCCCGUGUAUCCAACGGUUCAGCAUAGGCCGUUUGAUACACUUCGUCCUAGUAGAUCUUAA